AUGACGUCUCCCGAGUACGCCAGCCACUUUUCUCUAGCAAAUAUCCCAUUUGGGGUGGCAUCGUCGCCCAAACAUGUCAUCCAAUGCGCAACUCGACUCGAGAACACGGUCGUGUUUCUCGGUGUUUUGCAACAAGCCGGUUAUUUUGAUGGGCUCCCUGGGCUGCCGAGUGACAUUUUCAGCCAGUCGACACUGAAUGAAUUCGCUGCACUCGACAAAUCGAUCCAACGUGGAGUUCGAGCGAGGUUGCAAGACCAAUUAAACAAGGAACUACCAUCUGGCAGUACCGAAGAAAUCAGUGCAGUCACUAUGCACAUGCCAGUCUCUGUGGGUGGGUUCACGGACUUUUCAUGCAGUCUUCAUCAUGUCCGGAAUGCGGGCCGAGCAAUCCUCAACGACGAAACACCACCUCCAGGCUUCUUCAACUUCCCAAUUGGAUAUAAUGGACGUGCCAGUACUGUGGUUGUGUCAGGGACGCCGAUUAUUCGCCCGAAAGGCCACAUCGCAGAUCGAACUGCCACCACUGAGAAGAAGCCGAUUUCUUUCGGUCCUUCGAAAGCAAUGGACUACGAGCUCGAGGUUGGGGUUAUUGUGGGGAAACCAGUUCCACGAGACAAUGGGGUGAAUGCCAUCGAUGCGGACGAACAUAUUUUCGGAAUGGUCAUCUUGAACGAUUGGAGCGCCCGAGACAUACAGGGAUGUGAAAUGGUGCCUCUCGGUCCCUUGAAUGGAAAAGCAUUUGGGACAAGUAUUUCGCCAUGGAUUGUGACUCUGGAUGCUCUGCAAUCGUUUAAAGCUCCGGGCCCAACACACAAGACCAUCCUUGCCAAUCACUUGGAGGACAUUGCAUCGGCCGAGUCAAGUUACAACAUCAGUCUGAAAGUGGAGCUCAUGGCCAACGGGCAAAUCGAGUUGCUGAGCCAAUCUAACGUCAGAGAUCUGCAUUGGAGUGGUCGACAAAUGAUCGCCCACGUAGCUAGUUGCGGCUCAGAUCUGAGGACUGGUGAUAUCCUGGGCACGGGAACGGUCAGUGGGCCAGAGCAAGGUAGCUAUGGCUGUCUGCUUGAGCUGACCAACGGAGGGAAGGAGCCAAUUGUGUUGGAGAGUGGCCUGAAGAGAGUUUUCCUGGAAGACGGAGAUGUGAUUCAGAUGACUGGUAUCGCUGGCAAAGACGGCUCUGGGGUUGGGUUUGGCGAAUGUGUAGGUCAAUUGUUGCCAGUGCUCUAA